CACUUUUUCACCCCUGGCUCUUUCUCUCUGCAUCUCGAUUUCUCCACGAAACAUGGCCGCGGAGAUGGCUCUCCUGAAACCCAUCUCGUUCAGGCCAGAGAGCAACAGUGCUGCCACCAGCACAAGGGCAAUCUUCGGAUUGAAGGCAACCACAAAGCCACCAACAUACGCCAGAUGCUUCCCCAGGAUGAGCGCCGGCGCCGCCACGCCGGCGAAGGGGAAGCCCGCUAGUAAGAAGGGGAAAACGGCAAUCAAGGAGACGUUGCUGACACCGAGGUUCUAUACGACGGACUUCGACGAGAUGGAGGCGCUGUUCAACAAGGAGAUCAACAAGAACCUGAAUAUGAAGGAGUUCGAGGCGCUGCUGCAGGAGUUCAAGACGGACUACAACCAGACGCACUUCGUAAGGAAUAAGGAGUUCAAGGAGGCGGCGGAUCAGAUGCAAGGCCCGCUUCGCGAGAUCUUCGUCGAGUUCCUCGAGAGGUCCUGCACCGCCGAGUUCUCCGGCUUCCUUCUCUACAAAGAGCUCGGCCGCCGGCUUAAGAAAACCAAUCCGGUAAUUGCUGAAAUUUUUGCACUCAUGUCAAGAGAUGAAGCCAGACAUGCAGGGUUUCUUAACAAGGGUCUUGCUGAUUUCAAUCUGGCACUGGAUCUGGGUUUCCUUACCAAGGCUAGGAAAUACACAUUUUUCAAGCCGAAGUUCAUUUUUUAUGCAACUUACCUGUCUGAGAAAAUCGGGUACUGGAGAUACAUCACGAUUUACAGGCAUUUGAAACAGAACCCAGAGUACCAAGUUUAUCCGAUCUUCAAGUACUUCGAGAACUGGUGCCAGGAUGAGAACAGACAUGGUGAUUUCUUCUCUGCGCUGUUGAAAGCUCAACCCCAGUUCCUUAAUGACUGGCAAUCCAAACUAUGGUCAAGAUUCUUCUGUCUCUCCGUCUAUGUAACAAUGUACCUAAACGACUGCCAGCGGACUGCUUUCUACGAAGGGAUUGGCCUUAACACUAAGGAAUUUGAUAUGCAUGUUAUCAUAGAGACAAAUCGGACAACUGCUAGAAUUUUCCCAGCUGUGUUGGAUGUGGAGAACCCAGAAUUCAAGAGGAAGCUGGACAGGAUGGUGGAAAUAAACACACAGCUAAGUGCCGUAAGCAGCAGCGAUGAUCCUGCUUUUGUCAAGAACUUGAAGAAAAUUCCCCUGGUGGCUGCUCUAGUCUCGGAGCUUAUUGCAGCUUAUCUCAUGCCUCCAAUUGAAUCUGGAUCCGUUGAUUUUGCAGAGUUUGAGCCGCAAAUUGUUUAUUAAUUAGGUGGAAGAAGUAGAACCACUUUUUUGUAUUUGAUGAACUUGAAUACAUAAAACUUGUCCGCA